AUGACGGUAACCAGCCGAAUAUAUUUUCUAGACAUGGGAAUGUCGUCAUCUCCUGAUUACAACGGUCGAAUCCUAUCCUGCGCCUCCGAUGGAUCCGACCUUCGCCAACUUGUCACCGGGCUUCAAGACUUUCCAGACGGCAUUACUGUUGAUUUCCACGAAAGGCACAUUUACUGGACCAACAUGGGUCAAGCUGCGGCCAAUGACGGCUCUAUCCAGCGGUGCGACCUAUCUGGCGAAAAUAUCACAACAAUCAUCCCGAAAGGAGUCACUCACACUCCGAAGCAAAUUGUCUUAUCAAAACAUUUCGCGAAGGUCUAUUGGUGCGACCGACAAGGAAUGAGAAUCAUGCGCGCGAACAAGGAUGGAAGCAAUGUUGAAGUGUUGUAUCGUGCAGGAACUACAGAGGACGAUCGCAAGGAUCCCCGGAAUUGGUGCGUGGGAAUCGCUCUGGACGAGGAUAGGGGCAAGCUUUACUGGACUCAAAAAGGACCCUCGAAGGGGAACCAAGGACGACUUUUGCGCACCGGUCUCAAUAUCGACACCGAACUCUGUACUCGGUCCCCCGAGGUAGAGGUGUUACUUGACAAUCUACCGGAACCGAUUGACCUGGCCAUCGAUCUCGUAAAAAACAUCAUUUAUUGGACUGACCGCGGCGAUAUACCAUUUGGAAACUCGGUGAAUACUCUCAACAUGGAUAUAGCGAGCGACGGAAAAGCAUCUCCCCCUCCGAAGAUCUUGGUGCGCAAGCUGCAUGAAGCCAUUGGCUUAUGCUUAGAUCCACAAAAUCAACGCCUCUAUUUCAGUGAUCUCAUGGGGGGGGUGUACACUUCCCGCGUUGAUGGUACGGAUAAGAGGCCGCUCUUCAACGAUAUGGGGGAUAUCACUGGCAUGCACUAUGUUGGUUAG